GACUUUAUUCGCGAGAAUAGCUUCGGCCAUUAUGUCACAGGAACCUGUGUCAUCAGCCUGAGGGGUGACCGGAACGCUGUUCCCGACUCCAACUUCCCUGUACACGGCGUUUCUGUUGAUGCGAGUGCUUUCCCGAGGUUCCCAGGGGCCAUUCCCAUUCUCGCGACCUAUGUGCUUAGUGAGAAAGCAGUAGAAGCUAUUCUAUUAGUCAAAUAA